ACCUCUCCUGGGCAGUGUCUGCACCUGCCAAGUGCCCCCACAAGCACAUUCCAGGCACAACCUCCCAAAUACCAACUCUCCCUUCAAAGCUGCCGCCACAAGGACACGUCUGCAAGAGGAGGACACGCAAAGGGAGCACUGUGGAAAGGAAAACACACCCCACCUCACCCACUCAGUGGCUCACCUUGGCCUACAAGGAGCUCACCUUGCUCAAGCAGCACCUGCCUUUCACAAACCCAUCAUGGCUGGGCCUGAUCCCCUCCUUGUCCUGCAAGUGCCCUGGGAUGGCACUCAAGGGCCCCUCCACACCACACCCAUGGCCUGCUACGACCUCUGCCACCCCUGCGGACCCACCCCGCUGGCCAACAGCUGCAACGAGCCCUGUGUCAGGCAGUGCCAGGACUCCACCGUCCUCAUCCAGCCCUCCCCCGUCCGCGUCACCUUCCCAGGGCCCAUCAUGACCUCCUUCCCCCAGAGCUCCGCCGUCGGAUCCACCGCAGGGGCUGCCCUGGGCACGGAGCUCAACGUCCAGGGACAGCCCAUCUCCGGCGGCUUUGGGGCCGCAGGCUACGGCCUGGGCUAUGGCCGUGGCUUUGGCUACGGCCUGGGAGGCCUGGGCUGUGGCCUGGCAGGCCUGGGCUGCUCCGGCACCUGCUGAGGCUCCUUGCCACCACAGCUGACACCCCCUGCACCUGCCCUUCUCACUCUUGCACCAAUAUCUCCUGCAAGCAAAGCACCUCACCUGAU